CCAACCCAUCCCCGGUCCGCCCGCGCGUCGCCGCGGGGACCGGCCCCGCGCCCGCCCUGCAGCCCCCCGCCCCGCCAUGGCCGGGCCGCCCGGUGGCGCGGAGCCGCCGCAGCCCGACACUGGCCGCCGGGAAAGUUAGUGCGAGCGGGGCCGGGAGGAGGAGGAGGAGGAAGAAGAAGAAGCAGCAGCAGCGGCAACAGCCGCCUCCAGCCCCGGCUGCUCCGCGUCCCCCCCGCCGGCUCCCGGAGGCAACUCAGGGGAUUCCAUCCCGCUCCGUCCCUUUGCCAUUUUUGGAUGCGUUUUAUAGCCAAUUUUUUUUUUUUCCUGGGGAGAAAGCGGAAAAAAAAAAGCGAAGAACCCAGCAGCCUUGCUGCACCGCCGGACUCCGCGGCGUGCCGCCGCCGCCGCGCACCCACCGGCUGGAUUUUGGAGGGGUUCCGCGACUCCCGGCGGCACCGGGCGAGGGGACGGGGAACAACAAUGCCAUCAUGUUUUUGAGACAGGAAACCUCCGAGUUUGCCCUGAAUGAAGAACUUCCUGUGUUUAAACUUGUACGAAUAUCCGCUGACAAGCUCAGUUCAAAUGAAAACACGAGAGUCGGGGGGAGAGGCUAAUUCGGACCAGCUGGACUCCCACGGCACUUGGAGCUGGGCAGAAAACGCGAGGAGCCGCUCGGUGCUGCCAGCCCUGAGCGGCCGGGACAAGCAGUGCCUUUGUUAGUAAAGAAGGACGGACAGGAUAAUUCAAGAGCUUCAAACUCUUCCGCUGUUUUUGUCGCUAAACCGUUUGGAAUAUUUUAUCGAAGCCGUUGGGUUUGGAUGAUCUGCUGAUGGAUGGGGUUUUUUUUAGGCAGGUUGGGGAAUGAGAUGGGUUGUUUCACCGCUCGGGACUGUCGGUCGGGCUGCUGAGCCAGCACGGUGCUGCCGGUGCACCAUCCCAUCCCAUCCCCAUAGGGUCGCUGCUUUGGGAUCAGAGUCUGGCACGGUGGGUUUGGGACCUGCUGGCCAUGUGAUGCUUCCCGCCGUGGUGGGCGAAAGGUUGCCGGGGCGGUUCCGUCAUCCAUAAGGACGAGAGUAUGGGCAAACCACUGAGCCGGCCAGACUGUUUACGGCAGAACCGCACUUGCCUGGGGAAGGGCGAGGAUGAGGAUGGUUAUAUAGAGGAUUGCUACGUGCCCCAGAGAUCGAUAUACGACACAAUGAGAAUUAACGAGCAAAUCGAUCAGGGAUCGAAGCUCAACCAGCUUUCCAAGAGCACCCUUGGCAAGGGGGAUGGCAGCACCAUAUCCAGCAACGGGACUCUGGGAGCUGCCAACGUCUUCGAGUCCAGGCCGCCAGAACCGAAAAAGUUGGAUGAACGAGUCAUCUUUGACGCGCUGAAGCUCAGCAGUGACGUCUCCAAGCCGGCGCCGGCUCCACCAAAGAGGCGACCAAACCCUGAGAGGAAGGAGAAUGUCAACCGGCGGUCAUGGAAGUCCUUCAUGCCACCCAACUUCACCGAAUUUGCAGAAAGGAUGGGGGCUUCACUGAGCGAGGUGUCGGAAGCGGGCGCCUCCAACCCUUCCCUGCGGGAUAAGCGGGAUUCCAGUGCCAUGCUCACCGAGCAGCCUGGCCAGCCCGACCAUGGCGAGCCUAUGUCCGAGUCUCUCACCUUGGAGCACGUCUCCAAGUCAUCUGGCACGGCGGAGGCGCUGACGGCCAAGCAGUUCAGCGUGGAUGGGUACGACGGUCCCCGGGAUGAGCGCCAGGCCUUGCUGAACGCCGGUGACAGCCGCGUCAGGGACCUGGCCAGGGCUUGCCGGCUCCCCAGUGCCACUUGGCCGCGAGCCAGGAAGAAUUUCAUCAAGGGAAACUUCAACGAUGGGCACCAGGAGACCCUGGAGCCCUCCGGGUCGGACUCUACAGUGGAGAACGUCAACCUCUCUCCGUGCCUUAGUGAGGAGCUGCUGGAUACGGGACUGGAUAUUCUCAUCACCUCCAAUCUCAGGGAGAAAACGGAGUCUGAGCUGAGAUUUGAGGAGGACGAGCGCUGGGUGAUGAUGGAGGAGUGGGAGGAGGCGACGCUGUCAGAGAGAGGAAAGGCUGUUCUGGUGGCAGAGGAGAAGAAGAGCUGUUGCUUGGCAGAUAUUUCUGAAGAAAGGGAGCAAUCCGCUGCUCCGGCGGAUGGCUCUGCCCCCAGCCCAGGGCCCUCCCAGUCCUGCUCUUGCCCAGGGGGUGCCGGCAGCCCCCUCACCAGCAGCACAGGCUGCACCGAGGACGCGGCGGUGCAGUGUGGAGUUGAGGACUUUGCUCCAGUUUUGGAGCGCUCAGCCAGCCCCACAGGCCCUGAGUUGUCCGACACGGACUCUGUGCAGAUGUUCCUGGAGCUGGAAGAGCAGUGCCUGAAUGAGGAUGAGUGUGGUGGGGGUGUCAAGGGUUGCCUGGAGGUUCAGGUUUCCCCAUGGACUCAGAGGGGCUGGACCCAGAUUCGACCAAAUUGGCCGGGUCGGAGGUCGAAGGGUGUCAGCAUAGGGUCCCUUUGGACAUCAGUGCUUCAGACUCUGCUGUUGUGUCUGAUCUGGAGGACUUUGAUGUCACCUGCAGCUCGCAGAUGCUGAGCACUCUGGAGCCAUUGACAGAGCCCUUCUCAGAAAGGGACACCUUGGCUGUCACCCCAACGGACUCGGACGGAGGGGCCUCCCCCAGCCCCGUGGCCACCACAGGGCCAGGAUCCCUACUAGAGUGCUCCUCAGUGCUGGUGGAGGAGGAUGAUCCUGACCCACUGGUGCACAGUUGCAGGGUGGUGGUGGCUGGUGGGAUGCCAUCUCCUGAGACAGGGGCACGUCCACCUUCGGGACUGGGGGGAACUGGUUACCCCAGCGCUCCAUCGGGGUGGGGUGAAGAUAACCAGGACUUGCUGGUGCCUGAUGGGGAAGUGUCACAGCUUCCCAAGGAGACCUCUCCUGGCCAAGUGUCCCCCUGCCAGCCCCCAGCUCCUGACACAGCGGUGGAGGAGCUGGGGUCUCCCCCACAGCACAGCAAGGCUGGCAUUGAGGGGAUGGAUCCAUUCGGGACCCAUCACCUUCUGCCUGAAAGGACAGAAGUUGCCAGCUGGGUUGCUGGCAGUGAACUGGUUUCUGAGGAUGAAGCCACAAAUUUGGGAUCAGGGAGUGGAGCUGAUGGCUGGACUCAUCUGGCAGGGAGUGAGGGUGUUUGCUGUGGUUCUCUGCUGCCUUUCCACACUGGCUCUGCAUCAGAGCCAGACUCUGAGGCUAUGACAACGUUCCCAGUGCCUGUUGAGGACCUCCCAUGGGAAAUGGUUUCCCAGAGCCAGGGCAUGGCUCUGGAAGGGGCUGCCUGCACUGAGGGGUCCCCCAGGGAGGUGUCUGUCACACAUGGGGGGACACCAGCAGCCAUCCUGCAGCCAGGAGACAUGGACUUGCUGUUUGCCCCUGACUGGGGUCGUGCCGUAGGGCUGGGUGAGGGGGUUCCAUGUGAUGCCAGCCCAGCUGACCCUGAAGAGCUUCCUGGCACAUCACCCAUUGCAGGGCCCGCUAUCCCAUGGGAUUUUGGGGAGCUUUCUGCUCCAGCCCACCGACUUUCACCAGGAGAUGUGGCUGUCCCAGAGCCCCAGGCUCAGGAGACACCACCAGCCCCUGGGGAUGCUACCAUGGAUGCCGAGGAACCUCCAGAAGCCACCACCACUGCCAUGUCCUUGAUGGUGGAGGAGCUUCUGGAAGCCCCACCACCCUUUGCUGAUGUGCCUGUUGCCACCGUGCCACCACGAGCAGCUGAUCCGCUCGUCUCUGGU